AUGGCUGACAGAAUCAAAAUCCUCAUACAAAAACGAAUAUCAUUAAAGGCACAGGUUACGUAUUUGACUAAUCUCCUCGAUAAAGGUAGAAUAGACGAGAGCAACCUGAAAUUACGUAUCGCUCGUUUGACAGAAUUGUUUCACGCGUUCGAGGAUUUCAACGACGAACUCGAGGUUCUAGAUCCGAAUGACGCGCAUUGGGUCGAGUUCACGAACAUUCAAGAACGAUUUUACUCUCUCGCGAGCGAUAUCGAGACUAGAUUGAACGCGGCGAACGCGGCGGAUGCAAGCGAACGCAUGUCGAAUACAUCGAAUAAUGAAACUCGUUCAGACAAUGAAGGAAUCGUAACGGCUACUAAAAGGAGACGUAUUAAGUUACCCGAAGCUCCCCUUCCGACUUUUGACGGUAAAUUUGAAAAUUGGUUGGCGUUUAAAAACGCGUUUAACUCAAUGAUAGGUUCGCAAGCGGAUUUAUCGGAGAUCGACAAAUUACACUAUCUGAAGUCAGCGUUAACGGGCGAAGCUGGCAAUAAAAUAAAAAUCUUUUCGAUCGACGGGGUGGAUUAUAAAAAGGCUUGGGAGUUGUUAGAACGGUCUUAUGAAGUGAAACGGGUAUUGAUUUCGAAACAUCUUUCGGCGCUUGUAAACUUACCGACUUUAGACAAAGAGAGUACGAUUGGGUUGACGAAACUCGCCGACGACGCUCAACAACACGUCGCGUCAUUGCUUACUUUAGGCGUCACAGUCGGUCAAGAAAUGGUCGUACAUCUUUUAGAGAGUAAAUUACCGAGGUCGACGUUAGAUAAGUGGGAGAUAACGCUUGAUAGAGAUACGUUUCCGGAUCUUGAACAGAUGUAUGAGUUCAUAUAUAAAACAGCGGUUUGCGCAUCGAGACGGGAACGGUCGAAAUUGGCAGAGUCGGAUAAGUACAAAGGAGAGCCUCCGAUUAAAAGAAAAAAAAUUGACAACACGAAUCGAGCCUUUGUAGCAAAGGUAUCACGCGGUUGCAUAAUAUGCAAGAAUAAACAACAUCCGCUCUACACAUGCGACAGAUUUAGAAAAUUAUCUGUACCGGAACGAAUUGAAAUGAUAAAGGACGCGAAACUUUGCUUCAAUUGUUUACGUUCCCAUCGGGGGAUACCGUGUAAAUUUUCGAACUGCACAAUCUGCCAAAGACGACACAAUACCCUACUUCAUCUCGAUAAACAAGCAAUUAAGCCAGACGCUUCGACUUCCACGACUCCUCAGAAUAAAUGA